CGUCGCAUCCCCACCUCCCGGCGGGCAGAAAGGAGCGCACGGCUGGGCUCUGCUGGCCGGGACAGCCCUGGCUCGGGACAGCCCUGGCUCGGGACAGCCCGGAACCGCUGACAGGAUGACAAGCCCAGCUCCGAGGAGCAGCCGCCCGGAGGUGGCCAGGAAAAGCCUCUGCAGGAGCCCCUUCCUCAGCAUCAAGUUCUUUGUGUGCUGCCAUGGGCUGCUGCAGCUCUCCCAGCUCCUGGUCUCGGGCUACCUGAAGAGCUCCAUCUCCACCAUCGAGAGACGCUACGGGCUGUCCAGCCAGACCUCGGGGCUGCUGGCCUCCUUCAACGAGGUGGGGAACACGCUGCUGAUCGUCUUUGUCAGCUACCUGGGCAGCCGCGUGCACCGGCCGCGCCUAGCUGGGGGUGUUCUCCUGGAGAAAGCUCCAGGGAGAGCUCAGAGCCCCUUGCAGUGCCUGAAGAGAGAAGUUCUUUCUCCAGACCAAGCCCCUCAGACCUGUUCCCAUGUCACCGCAGGCACCUCCAGCAACACCACCGACCUGUGCCAGCCCGGGGCCCCGGGGGGCUGGGCCAACCUCAGCCACGCCAGCUGCGCCCCCCAGGCCUCCAGGGAGAACCACGAGGUGCUCCUGGUCAUGUUCGUGGCCCAGGCACUGCUGGGCAUCGGCGGCGUGCCCAUCCAGCCCUUCGGCAUCUCCUACAUCGACGACUUCGCCAGCGAGAGGAACUCGCCCCUGUACCUGGGAAUCCUGUUCUCCCUGACGGUGGUUGGCCCGGGGGUGGCCUUCCUGCUGGGCUCUGCCAUGCUGAGGUUCUACGUGGACAUCGACAAAGUCGGCGCAGCUGAGGUGCAGCUCACCAGCCAGGACCCGCGCUGGGUGGGGGCCUGGUGGCUCGGGUUCCUGGUGGCCGCCAGCCUGGUGGCCCUGUCUGCCCUGCCGUACUUCUUCUUCCCACGGGAGAUGCCGAAGGAGGUGGCGAGAGGGAAGGACAGAGCCGGCAGCAGGAGGGGGGACGUGCUCAGCCAGCUGCGGCCGCGGUGCCAGCACACGGAGAGCCUCUCGCUCGCCGAGUUCGUCAGACGCUUUCCUGUGGUGCUGCUGAGGAACCUGCGGCACCCCGUGUACCUGCUGGUGGUGCUGGCUCAGGUCAACAUCUCUGCCAUGGUUGCUGGGUUAGCAACCUUCAUGGGCAAGUUCCUGGAGAGACAGUUCUCCCUCACAGCCUCCCUGGCCAACAUGAUCAUUGGUGCUGUGAACAUCCCCGGGGCCAUGGUCGGGAUCGUGGUGGGCGGCGCCAUCCUGAAGCGCUUCCAGAUGUCCCUGAGGCAGUGCAGUGCCCUGUGCGUGCUGGGCAUGCUGCUGUGCCUGCUCACAGCCUUUCCCCUGCUCUUCCUGGGCUGCCCCACGCAGAGGGUGGCAGGUGUCACCUACUGGGACAGCUCUGGGUUUGGACCGCACAGCCUGGAGUGCAACGCGCAGUGCCGCUGCCCCGAGGCGGGCUUCAACCCCGUCUGCGGCUCCGACGGCGUGGAGUACACCUCGCCCUGCUCUGCUGGCUGCACCCCCAACUACACGGGGUGCAGCUGCGUCGCGGGGCCCGCGGGGCUGGCCCGGCCGGGCGCCUGCGGCACCGGCUGGUCCCCCCCCCCCCCCCCCCCCCGGCCGGGCGCCUGCGGCACCGGCUGCUCCCACCUCUUCGUGCCCUUCGUGGUGCUGUCCUGCCUGGCAGGGAUCCUCGCCAGCACGUCCCACACGCCCUCCUUCAUGCUCAUCCUCAGGAGCAUCCAGCCUGAAGACAAAUCAUUCGCUGUUGGGAUACAGUUCAUGCUGCUGAGAGUUUUAGGUAAAUUGAAGUGUGUUAAAAUACCAUCCUGGAAAGCAAUGGCAACUCCUGGAGAGGGCUUUCCCAGGGCCGGGAGAGAUGCUGCCCUGCAGGGUCUGGGGCUGCACGUGGGGGGAUGAGACCAGGCAGCUCCAAGGGCUCCAUCUCCAUGUGUAAACGAAGGAGGGCUGGCAGUAACAUUGGCUCCAGGGCUCAGGCUGUGUGCAGACACUGCUCUGUGCACCUCCAGCUCGUCAGGGGGGCUCCACACCCCGUCCUGUCAUCCCACCAGCAGCUUUUCCAAGGGGAAAAAUUCAUGUUGCCCUGGGGGCCCCCAGGAAAUGCCUCAGCAGCCGUGGGAAGGGGCAAUAAAUGCUCAGUGGGUAGAGGAGGUGAGCAGGAACGGGCUGCCUGGGGUGGUGGUGGAGUUCUGUCACUGAAGUGUCCAGGAGGUACCUGCCUGUGGCACCUGGGGCCGUGGUUUGGGCUGUAGUUUAGGCUGCGGCACCCAGGGCUAUGGUUUUGGGGUGGCUGAGGCACCUGAGGCCAUGGUUUGGGCCAUGGUUUGGGCUGUGGCACCCACCCAGGGCCCUGGUUUAGGCCGUGGUUUGGGCCAUGUUUUAGGCCGCGGUUUAGGCCGCAACACCUGGGGCUGUGGUUUGGGCCCUGUUUUUGGGGUGCCUGUGGCACUCGGGGCCGUGGUUUUGGGGCUGGUUUUGGGGUGCCUGUGGCACUCAGGGCUGUGGUUUGGGCCCUGUUUUUGGGGUGCCUGUGGCACUCGGGGCCGUGGUUUGGGCCCUGUUUUUGGGGUGCCUGUGGCACUCGGGGCCGUGGUUUGGGCCCUGUUUUUGGGGUGCCUGUGGCACUCGGGGCCGUGGUUUGGGCCCUGUUUUUGGGGUGCCUGUGGCACUCGGGGCCGUGGUUUGGGCCCUGUUUUUGGGGUGCCUGUGGCACUCGGGGCCGUGGUUUGGGCCCUGUUUUUGGGGUGCCUGUGGCACUCGGGGCCGUGGUUUGGGCCCUGUUUUUGGGGUGCCUGUGGCACUCGGGGCCGUGGUUUGGGCCCUGUUUUUGGGGUGCCUGUGGCACUCGGGGCCGUGGUUUGGGCCCUGUUUUUGGGGUGCCUGUGGCACUCGGGGCCGUGGUUUGGGCCCUGUUUUUGGGGUGCCUGUGGCACUCGGGGCCGUGGUUUGGGCCCUGUUUUUGGGGUGCCUGUGGCACUCGGGGCCGUGGUUUGGGCCCUGUUUUUGGGGUGCCUGUGGCACUCGGGGCCGUGGUUUGGGCCCUGUUUUUGGGGUGUCUGUGGCACUCGGGGCCGUGGUUUUGGGGCUGGUUUUGGGGUGCCUGUGGCACUCGGGGCCGUGG